AUGACUGUUAAAGUUUGUAAGAUCGAUUAAAGUAUGAUAAUAUGUUCCAACAAUAAAUGGUAUAGGUAUCAAUUUAUUUAAAAUCUUAGUUAAAAUUAUCUUGAAUCUUCUCAAUUUAAUAUGAUUCACAAAAUUAAGGCAAAUUACUUAAUUACUUAUAUUUAUUAUUAAUUUAUUUAUUACAUCAUCAAAAUAAUGCUCUAAUUAUUGUAACCGGGAUAGUUCAAUCUGCAUGUAACUGAUAAAAAUGCAGUGUUUAGUCCAAAAUUAAAUGAUCUUUAUCAUUAACCUUAUGCUUUAAAAAUAAAAAAUAAGGCAAUCUAAUUAGAUUUAACCUAAUAUGGAAAAGAAGGACUAACAGAUAGUCAUCUCUCAUAAACUAACGAGUAAACAUAUAAAACAUAUAAGGCAUUCUUAAAAUCAACUAUUAAAAAUGAAAUUGUAUGAAUUAGAAAACUUAAGUUUAAAAUAGCAAAAUGAAUUUUUGAGUAGAGAAAUUGGACAAAAACAUAAAGAAAUAUCAAAACUAUUAAAAUUUUGUUAGAAUUCUCAUCAACUUCCAGUUAUUAAACCAAAGCAUUUUACUUUUCUCGAUUAAGAGUUUUAAGAAUUUUUACCUUCUGUUAGUGGAAUAUAAUAAAAUGGAUUUGAUUCAAAAAGAGCAUAAUCAUAUGACUAUUAGUCUUAAUCUAGAAAUGAAAAUUAUUCAGAUUCCUAUUCUUAUAAUCAUACAAAUAGAAGUUACAGACCAAGUAGAAUUUAAUCAAGAAAUUCAAGAGAAUUUUAAAAAUAUCAAGAGGAUUCUUCUUAGUUAUAAUUGCCUAAUUUUCGUAUAAAAUCAACACCAAGAGAAUAUUAAAUUCCAUAUAGAACAAAAAGAUAUCAUCUGAAUGUUUCACGCAUAAAAGUCCUUUUUUUAUAUAUUUUAGCAUACAUAAGAUGGAGUAGAAACUAUAGGUAUUAUUAUAUAUCUUAUGAUAAGGUAAAAAAGAGUUCUAAAAUUAUAAUAAUUGAAAUAAAUUAGAUAGAAAUAUACAAAAUGUCUUGAAACAAUUUCUAAUUAAGAUGUACUAUUAUGUAAAGGUAUUAUUAAAUAAUGGAUUUGUAAUAUUAUAGAUCCAUUAAUUAAAUCAUGUUCUACAAAAUAAUUUAUAUUACAAUCAAAUGAAAAUUCAAAAAAUCCAAAUAGUGAAAAUUCUAUUUAAUGUAGACAAAAUUAAUUGAUGUUAUUAACAAAUUAAAUACUGAAUAAUAUGGAAAAAUUUACAGAAAAAGAUAAAAUUCCAGAAUUAUUUUAAACUUCAUUAUUUUUAUCAUUAUUUAAAAGUUAAAAUAUUAAAGCUCCAUUAUUUGUUGCUAAAAGAACUAAAUAUUAUACAAAAAAUACUAUUAAAAUUGGAAUUUAUUAAGAAAAAAUGAUUAUAAGUGAAUAUUUCAUUUUUAGAUUAUUGAUAUCUAAUUUAAUUGAAUCUUCAAAUAAUAUGAUUUAUUAAAAUAUAAAUCAUAAAAUGUAAUGUAAAUUUAUUAUUCUUGCUAUUAUGGGAAUAUUAUAAAUUUUAUAUUAAGAUUACUUUUCAGAAUUAAAAUAAUUAGAUUAA